UUUCUGCCUGUCUUUUGUCUUCCCCAUUGUUUGAUUCCCACAUUUCCUCAAAGCCAACGUUGUCAUCAUCCCCCUACCAUUUACAAAAGUUCCUCUCUCUUUUUGAUUGGUUUUAUAUAGGGUUCGUGAAUCACCUCUGUUAUAAUCCAUGUGCAAUUGAAAAAGUGGUUGAAUGCAUGUGCGGUUUCAUGUUUCUUGAUUAGCCUCUCGACUGGUACCGAUGCCGUUCCUUUCUUCUUCUUUCUUCCUUCCUACAAAAUAAAAGCUCCCGAUUUGUUACUUGGGUUAUCUUGUGUUGGAUGGAGGAGAACAGAAAGAGCUCCAUUUCUCUAAACCAGGAAAUGCAAUUUGAUUGUAGCUGGGAAAGAUUGAACCUAUAUCUUUGUUUCGAACAGGACACUGAUUGGGAUGCAGGGAGCGUCGGAAUCCGACUUGGGAGAUAGGAAUCAAACUUCAAGGCUUUUCAUUUUUGCUGAAAUACCAUAGUGACACGGAGAUAUAAAAAUUGUUGCGGUGGAUGGAAAGUGUGGAUUUUGAUCUGAGUUUCUCCUGGGAAGAAGAAUACUGUGAAAUAAAAAUCGAUUGGAAGUAGCUAAGGAGAGGGAAUUUUAUCAAUGAAUCCGAUGGAGGCAGUGCCUGAGCUGCCAGAAACAGGGCAGCCCAGCGCGCCUCGGAAAAAGAUGAAGAAACAGUUAACUGGAAAACGCGAGGACACGCUCUUGCAUUCUGCGGUGAGGGAAGGAAAUCUUGAUGUUGUGGUAGAAAUCCUUGGCGGCACCGGUGAGACCGAGCUGAAGGAAUUGUUGGCUAAGCAAAAUUAUGCUGGCGAGACAGCUCUUUAUGUUGCGGCAGAAUACGGUUCUGGUGAUUUAGUUAGGGAGAUCAUCAAGUACUAUGAUCUUGCUGAUGCAGGCAUCAAAGCAAGAAAUGGCUUCGAUGCAUUACACAUUGCUGCAAAACAAGGAGAAUUGGAGGUAUUGAAGGUUCUAAUGGAGGCCCAUCCAGAAUUGACUAUGACAGUGGAUGUGACAAACGCGACGGCUUUGCACACAGCUGCAACACAAGGGCACACAGAGGUUGUGAAGCUUUUGUUGGAGGCAGGAAGCAGUCUGGCAACCAUUGCAAAAAGUAAUGGGAAAACAGCUUUGCAUUCUGCAGCAAGAAAUGGUCAUUUGGAGGUUGUGAAAGCGCUGCUGGGAAAGGAGCCUGGGAUUACAAGAAGAACAGAUAAGAAGGGGCAGACAGCAGUGCACAUGGCAGUGAAAGCACAGAGGAAUGAGGUGGUGGUAGAGGAGUUGAUUAGGGCUGAUCCUUGUUCAGUUAACAUGGUUGACAAUAAGGGCAACACCGCUUUGCAUAUAGCAACCAGGAAGGGCAGAGCUCAGAUUGUAAAGAUAAUUCUCGGACACAGAGAGACAGACACACAAGCUGUCAACAAGGCUGGUGAAACUGCCCUUGACACAGCCGAGAAAACUGGCCACUCUGAAAUCGCAGCCAUUCUUCAGGAGUUUGGGGUUCAGAGCGCCAAAAAUAUCAAGCCUCAAGCACCAACAGGCACUGCCCGGGAAUUAAAACAAACUGUAAGUGACAUUAAGCAUGAAGUUCACCAUCAGCUAGAGCAUACUCGACAAACCAGAAGACGUGUUCAAGGCAUUGCCAAACGUAUCAAUAAAAUGCAUGCAGAAGGUCUUAACAAUGCAAUCAACUCCACAACCGUUGUGGCUGUCCUCAUUGCCACAGUUGCAUUUGCAGCCAUAUUCACAGUCCCUGGCCAAUAUGCUGAUGACCCACAAAACAUUCCUCCUGGACUCUCCCUAGGGGAAGCCAAUAUUGCUCCAAAAGCUCCCUUCAUCAUCUUCUUCAUCUUCGAUUCCAUCGCCCUCUUCAUUUCCCUAGCUGUUGUGGUGGUGCAGACCUCAGUUGUAGUUAUAGAAAGCAAGGCAAAGAAGCAGAUGAUGGCAAUCAUCAACAAACUAAUGUGGUUAGCCUGUGUGCUUGUUUCAGUGGCAUUCUUGGCUCUUUCAUUUGUUGUGGUGGGUGAGAGUGAAAAGUGGCUGGCAAUUGGAGUUACAAUUAUAGGAACAACCAUAAUGGCUGCUACUUUAGGUACCAUGUGUUUUUGGGUAAUUAGGCACCGAAUCGAGUCUUCAAAUCUGAGGAGCAUUCGGAAGUCAUCGUUGGGAAGCAGAUCAAGAUCUUGGUCAAUAUCAGUGAUGUCAGACUCUGAGAUCCUGAACAAUGAAUACAAGAAAAUGUAUGCAAUUUGAAAUUAUCUUAUGGUUCUUUAUAUUAACAUCCAAAAUGUACAUCCCCUGAGGAAUUGAUAAUAGUGUUUUGUUCAAAAAAAUCUUACUACCAUACUGGAUUCGUGAUACAAAGAUUGUGCUCAGUCAAAUCAUUGUAGUCCGAGCAUGACUCUCAAAUGUGGACUUGUGAACAUUAGUGACAACUUUUACUGUUAUGAACCAAUCUCAUUAUACUCAAA